CUUAUGCCGCUAACUUGAUGUUUCAAUUGGAUUACGCCAAAUACUUGUCAAUCAUUCCACUCGUACUGGCUCCAAUAGCAUUGCGUUGCGCCAGCAUGGUCGCUUGCGCGCGCGCAAUGUAAGUAACUGGAACUGCCCCGCAGCAUGAUUUUGUGGACGAUCCAUCUAAAUCGUUGCGGCUGUACCGUUUGUGACACAGUUCACUUCAAAACGCCUGCUGACUGGCAAUAACUUUUUGCAUUUGUUUUCGACAAUGCUUUUUCUUGUUGUAUAAUUUCAACCCAUUGACUUAAUAUUGCAGUGUAAAACAGUCCAUUCGCAUUCAGCGGUUGAAUCUGUUUAGUAGCUUUAAUUUGCUCACCAACGGUUUCACUCUUCAACAUCAGUAUUAAUGACGCCUUCAUUUAAGCAGCAAAUCAACCUCUUGGAAUCAUAAUUAAUCAGAUUAAGCUGUUUUAUUCUCCAGUUAAUAUGCGCUUAGCGUAUACAGCGGCAAGUGUGUUUUGAUUGAUUCCCUGCUUAAUUUUCAUGCCGUCGUGUGUAUAAUGGCAACACACCACACGUCGUCGGCAUCACUCCACAAUAAUAAUUACUGCGACACGGUGCGCGCGGGUAUGCACUCAGUUUCAUCGCUGGCAGCAGCUGCUCACAACAUCAACAUCAACCCAACUGCCGCCACAGCAUCCCUGUCGAAUCCGGCAUCGGGCACAUUGUUUAGUAAUCAGACAGCGUAUCCGACGCUGUGGCAACAUCAAGUUAACGCGGCAUCCCACCAUGCUGAAAAUGACUGGAAUAAUGUCCUGCAAAACGGAUUACGUAGCGAUCAAAAGUUCCUAUCUCAUCCUGCCGCUGAUAUGACGUCGGUGACCAAUUUCAAUAAUCGGACAUCGUUACAACCGUAUUGGCAGUUUACCGGUAAUCCAGCGCCCUUUCAGAACACCGCCACCUCGGUAACCACCUAUGGCCAGAACAAUUAUGGUGCACCCAAUGGUAUGGGGACGGCUAGCAGUAUUUUUUCUCAACAAGCGGGGAAUUCGAUAUGGCCCAGUGAUUUCUCCGCAUCAAUGCGCCGCUGCAGUCCCGGCGAUCUGCGGCCUCGACCAUUCGGGCCAGACAUGCUCACUCCAUUGGAGCUGGAUGACCCUGGCGAACUGCCCACCAGCGAUGACCUCGAGCAGUUUGCUAAACAGUUCAAGCAGCGGAGAAUUAAAUUAGGCUAUACACAAGCAGACGUCGGUCUUGCUCUGGGCACGCUGUAUGGCAAUGUAUUCAGCCAGACGACGAUUUGUCGGUUCGAGGCGCUGCAACUUUCGUUCAAGAAUAUGUGCAAGCUCCGUCCUUUACUCGCCAAAUGGCUGGAGGAAGCCGAUAACACUAACAGCAGUCCCGGUAGCGCCAUGCAAGAAAAGCUAGCUGCAGCUGGAAGAAAGCGAAAGAAACGAACCAGUAUAGAAAUAACCGUGAAAGGAGCCUUGGAAAAUUAUUUUCAGAAAAAUCCAAAGCCCAGUGCCCAAGAAAUUACAGCUUUGGCGGAUAGUUUACAGCUGGAGAAGGAGGUAGUUCGUGUAUGGUUUUGCAACCGUCGUCAGAAAGAAAAACGGAUGACGCCGACGCCAAAUCUGUCCGGAAUGGGCGAUGUUGAUCUACAUAAUGGUAGCAAUUCUCAUGAGCACCAACACUGCAGCGAUGAUGCAAACAGUUCUUAUUCAGAUGAUAUUCUUAAUAUGUGAAACUUCUAGCAGUUUUCGGUUGUUUGCCCGGUUUUUAGCUAAAAUUAAAGUCACUUUUUCAAGUGCAACUGUCACCGAUCAUAUAUGUCUGACCUAACUACUAUCAGUUUCAAAAGCACAGUUUGCAAGACAU